AUGCAAAGCUCUUCAGUGAAAAGACCAGGCAUUUACACUUACAUAGCUCAAUGGCCUAUAUAUUCACUAGCCUGGUCGGUCCGACAUGACAAAAAAUCUCGUCUUGCCGUAGGAAGUUUUCUUGAAGACUAUAGCAACAAGGUGGAAAUUGUUCAAUUCAACCGCGACACUUGUGAUUUCACCACUGAUAACCGCCUAAUAUUCGACCACCCUUAUUCACCUACAAACCUCAUGUUCUUCCCCUCCGAGGAUGCUGCAAAUCCUGACAUCAUCGCCACCUCCGGAGACUACUUGCGCAUAUGGCAAAUUCACGACGACAGAAUCGAGUUGAAGUCUCUCCUUAAUGGCAAUAAGAGUAGCGAAUUCAGUUCUGCCAUAACCUCAUUUGAUUGGGCUGAUUUUGAUGUUCAUCGUGUGGCCACUUCAAGUGUCGAUACCACUUGUGUGAUCUGGGACAUAGAGAAGGAAAUGGUAGAUGCUCAAUUAGUUGCACAUGAUAAAGAAGUUUAUGAUAUUUCUUGGGGUGGAUUCAAUAUUUUCGCAUCGGUGUCCGGUGAUGGUUCGGUUAGAGUUUUUGAUUUAAGGAACAAAGAGAGAUCAACUAUAAUUUAUGAAAAUCCAAUGCAAGAAUGUCCUUUGUUAAGGUUAGAAUGGAACAAAAGUGACCCUAGAUUUAUAGCCACGGUUGGCAUGGACAGUAAUAAGGUUGUAAUUUUGGACAUUCGCUUUCCUACAACUCCUUUAAUGGAGCUAAGUAAGCAUAAGGCAAGUGUGAAUGCCAUAUCAUGGGCUCCAUCUCCCGGACGGCACAUGUGCUCCGUAGGUGAUGAUUCAAGGGCUCUGAUAUGGGAAGUGGUUAGCAAGGCCGGAGUGCAACCAGGAAACAGUACAAUUGGCCAAAGGGAACCUGAAAUGUGGUAUGGAUCAAUGGCGGAGAUCAAUAAUGUGCGCUGGUCACCUGUGGAGUUGGAUUGGAUUGCUGUUGCUUUUUUGACCAAAUUACAACUCUUGAAGGUUUAG